AUAGGAUAGUGUACUAAUUUCCUAUAAUAUUUUGCAAGAAGUAACAGAAGAGGUGCAGAUCAGUUUAAAUAUAAUAGCCCAAAUCCAAUGUUAGUUCUAACUCACAGCAAGGUUUAGUCCAGUGUUUUUUUAAAUAGCUUUUUAAAAAUGGGGAGUAUAUUUUAUAUCUACUUGGGACAAAACUGAAGGAAUAGGUGAAAGGAAAGAUGACAGAAGUGGAGAAUCAGAUGCUUUUUCAGGUGUAGCUCUGUUGAUUGAUUUGGAUCUGGCCCUUAUUCACAAGAGCUCAUAAUGCCUAAGAUGUACAUAAAACCUGUCCAAAAUCAGAAAUCACAUAUAAUUUUUUAAACAUACAUAUGCACACAAUGAAAACUAUAUGUUUCAAGGACUUUUAUUUGGAAUGAAGCCAUGCAAAAGCAUUGCUUGUGUACUGUGGACCUGGCAAUAUAUCUGUCCUGAGUAUUCAGUAAUUUUUAUUUGAGUCAGUGUCCAGGCUAUCAGUGAUACAGAAAUUGAGAUCUCUCUAAAAAAAUUACUUUGUUAGUGAGAAGAAAUUGAUAUUAAUUGAAACAUUUGGAUAUUGACAUGGUAGGUUUCUGGAUCCCAGCUCAUGUGGAAUCGAUAAUAUUACAACCAUAUGAGUCUAGAUGUGGGUUUGCUUUUUAAGAUAUUAUUUUAAAAAGUUUUGAGAGGAAGCAGGAGCAAACACAAAAGAAUUUUGACCUAGAUACUGACUUAAACAUGAUGAUUCUAUGUUCUGCACUGAAGUAUCUUUAUUCACAAUAUUGACUAUGGAUGACAGUGUGAUAUUGGAAUUUGUGAUAAGGAUAAGACUAGAUAGUGUUGUAUUAUGGUACUUGAAACACUUGAAACAAUCCCUUCAUGCAUUCCUCAUAACACAUUUUACUUCAUAGAGUUAUUCUCAAGGCACCUUCAUGCAUUCCUCAUAACACAUUUUACUUCAUAGAGUUAUUCUCAAGGCAAGGAAGAAAGUUGCUUCCAGCUGCCCUUCUGGGAUUUCCAAAUGAUUUGCAAAUGACUUAGGAACCCAUAGGGUUUGAUUAAACAGUCAUUUAAAUAUCCAGCAGGUGGCAGUGACCAAGCCGAUUUUUCCGAAGCUGUUCAACAAUAGAAGCAGCAGCAAGUGCCGACAGCAGCUGCUGAGCCAGAGAGUCGUGUCUUGGCUGCUUUUGCUGCCUCUCUUCACUUCAGUUGCUUCUUACCGAGAUGCCUUUCUUUGGAGUCUGGACUAUUAUGACACAUACUACCCUUGGGGACUCUUGAACUUGGCAUUGACUGGAGAUGGCUAAAGUGUGGAUCCUUUCCCUGGCAUGGGCUGAGCAGACAUAGCCUUCAGGAUGGCAAAUAAAAAGCAACCACAGCCCAUCCAGAAAACAAUCCAUCUAGAAAUAUAUGCAAAUCAAAGUGACAACUGUGUUGAAACUGGAACCAGAAUAACUUCAUACAGGAUCUUGAUGUCUACCUUGAUGUAUGGAGCAUCAGGAGAAGGGUUUUGUGUAAAGGGAUUGGAGAAACAAGCCAACACAAAAUAUCCCCAUCUGCCUCUGGAAAGAUAGAAGAACAGAAUGUGUCUUCAUUAGAUAAGGACUGCCUCAAAGAAAAUCAUGGAUUUCCUAAAUUUUACUGAACAAAAUUAUACUUUGGAGCAGAAUGGUACAUCAGAAGAACUGCUUAAGAAAGUAACUCCCAAGAUUCUGGUUUCUCUUACCCUUUCUGUGCUGGCCGUAAUGACAACUGUGAUCAACUCUAUGGUCAUGACAGCCAUCAUUGUGACACGAAAGCUCCAUCACCCUGCCAACUAUUUAAUUUGUUCCUUAGCAGUCACUGAUUUCCUGGUUGCCAUCCUAGUCAUGCCCUUCAGCAUUGUCUAUAUUGUCAAAGAGACCUGGAUCAUGGGUCAAGUCAUGUGCGAUAUUUGGCUCAGUGUUGAUAUGACCUGCUGUACUUGUUCCAUCUUACAUCUCUCAGCAAUAGCCUUGGAUCGCUACCGAGCGAUCACAGAUGCUGUGGAGUAUGCCAGGAAGCGAACACCCAAACAUGCAGGUAUCAUGAUUGCCAUUGUGUGGAUCAUUUCCAUCUUCAUCUCAAUACCACCAUUGUAUUGGCGGCACCAGGCAGCCAACAGGGAUGACGAAUGCAUCAUUAAGCAUGACCACAUUGCUUCUACCAUUUACUCCACGUUUGGAGCUUUCUACAUCCCGCUGGCAUUAAUUCUGAUCCUUUAUUACAAAAUAUACAAAGCAGCAAAGACUUUUCACAGAAGGAGUGUGAGCCGGGUUCUGAAAGAGGAAGCAAAUGGACAGGGACUCUUGGAGGGUGGUGAAAAAAGCUACCGGCUAACUUCCUCAGCAUCAUGCGCUAAAGAUAAAAAAUCUAACCCUUCAGGAGAUUUGGACAGAAUCCACUUCUCGCUGCGAAGCCCUGACUCUGAGUCCAAAAAUGAACAAGGGUGGCGAAGACAACGAAUUUCAACCACAAGAGAGAGGAAGGCAGCAACUACCCUUGGCUUGAUUUUGGGGGCCUUUGUGAUCUGUUGGCUACCCUUCUUUGUGAAAGAGGUGGUUGUUAAUAUCUGUGAAAGAUGUCAGAUUUCAGAAGAAAUGUCUAAUUUUCUGACAUGGCUAGGAUAUAUCAACUCUCUGGUUAACCCAUUAAUUUACACAAUCUUUAAUGAAGAUUUCAAGAAAGCAUUUCAAAAACUCAUCCAAUGCAAAAGCUAUCUUUGAGGAGGAAUGGGAGUGUCAAUGUAAAAAAAUUGGUUUUUAAGAAAGAGAAUUCAGUAAGGGAUUCAUAGCUCUCCUUAGAGUGGAUCUGUGUCCACUAGGCUUGAGCAAAUUUUUCGUUAGUUCGUUAAAUUCAUUUAAAAUUCGUUUCAUAAUUACUUUUGAAUUGAUAUUGAACCAUCUGCUCACUGCCUUACAAAUAUUACGAAUUUGAAUAAUAAAAGUACCUUUUUUUCGUUUGUUUCUGAUGUCUUCAGAUGUAGCUGUAGCCCCUCUGAGAGGAGAAGCCAUGUUGGCAUGCCUCUCAGCCAAUCAGAGCGGAAGAGGGAGGGAGGGAGAGGCAUGGCCAUCGAUCUGCUAGCAUUUUAAAAAUGCCAUUGAGACGCCCCCCCCCCCUUGCGGGGACCACACCGGCUCAGUAGAAGCCUUCCGCGAAGCAGGGAGGGAGCGAAGAGAAGAGAGAAGAGACAUGCCUGCCUGCGCUUGGCCUUCUCCUCGCCCUGCCUCGCCCUGCCUUGGAGCCGCCGUUUGGUUUUGCUUCUUCAGCCAGGCUUAAAGGGGAAUACCAAAACCAGGCUUGCCUUCCUAAACGGAAUCCUUAGAGCCAGAGGAUAUCCCUUUAAGAGAUAUCUCCACUGAGGAGAUCUCCCGGAAAGGAUUCUGGCACCAGCUCAAUUGCAACAGAUUCAGUGCCAUGUCAUGUGAGCUGUAGUUUUACAAAGUCCCUAGCCUUCCCUGCAGAAGAGAGCCAGUACCAUGCCAAACUACAACCCCCAGUUUUCUGUCAAAUUGUUUUGGAUUUCAACUCCUACAAUUCCUAACUCCAGACAUGGGCAAAGUUUGCCCUUGCCUGAAGCAUUCUAUUCUUCUUCUCCAGACAUGCCAACAGUAUUAAGUGAUAAAAUCUUGGGCAUUUUUUCCUUUAAUGCUAAAAGUUCAUAGGUUGUUCAGCAACAGCCUACUGGCUGGGUUGCUAUGAGUUUUCCGGGCUCUAUGGCCAUGUGCCAGAAGCAUUCUCUCCUGACGUUUCACCCACAUCUGUGGCAGACAUACUCAGAGGUUUUGACGUCUGUGCGAAGCUAGGCAAGUGGGGUUUAUAUAUCUGUGGAAGGUCCAGGGUGGGAGAAAGAACUCUUGUCUGUGGGAGGCAAGUGUGAAUGUUGCAAUUGGUCACCUUGAUUAGCACUGAAUAGCCUUGCAGCUUCAAAGCCUGGCUGCUUCCUACCUGGGGGAAUCCUUUGUUGGGAGGUAUUAGCUGGCCCUGAUUGUUUCCUGUCUGGAAUUCCCAUUUUCUGGGUGUUGUUCUUUUACUGUCCUGAUUUUAGCUUUUCUGUAGCUAAAAAUGCAUAUAAAAUUGAUUCUAUAGGGAGGAUAAAUGAUUGGAUUUCAACUCCUACAGCUUAGCUUUCUCUGCCAAUAAUGGUACCAUACCAAACUAAAGCUCCCAAGAUUCUGUAGUAGUGAGCCAUCUUGGAUAUUGUAAGGGAUUUAUUAUUAUUAUUAUUAUUAUUAUUAUUAUUAUUAUUAUUAUUAUUAGACCUUGCUCCCAGGAAGGUGCCUUCGCUGUGGCUCCCAACUUAUCUAUCUACCUUUCCACAUAUUCUCCACAUUGUGUGUAUGUGUAUGUAUAUUAUAUAUACAUGAGCCCCGAUGGCGAAGUGUGUUAAAGCACUGAGCUGCUGAACUUGCAGAUCGAAAGGUCCCAGGUUCAAAUCCCGGGAGCAGAGUGAAUGCCCGCUGUUAGCUCCAGCUUCUGCCAACCUAGCAGCUUGAAAACAUGCCAAUGUGAGUAGAUCAAUAGGUACCGCUCUGGCGGGAAGGUAAUGGCACUCCAUGUAGUCAUGCCGGCCACAUGACCUUGGAGGUGUCUAUGGACAACACUGGCUCUUGGGCUUAGAAAUGGAGAUGAGCACCAACCCCCAGAGUCAGACAUGACUGAACUUAAUGUCAAGGGAUACCUUUACCUUUACCUAUACACACACACACACACACACACACACACGCACACGCACACACAUAUGCAGGGUGUGUAUAUAUAUAUAUAUAUAUAUAUAUAUAUAUAUAUAUAUAUAUAUAUAUACACACACAGUAUAUAUAACACACACACCAAUUUAACAAAGUUUCAGCCACAAAAACAAAGUUUCUGAAGUAGAACAAUGACUUUCACAGUAAAGACAACCCAAUUUAACAGGAAAUAAGACUUUCAAACCAGGAACAGAUUUCUGCAAUUAUUAAAAAAUGGUUUAUUAUAAAAGCUAUGAAAAUUCGCCAAAAAUCAGAGGAUAAGGGAAACGUUCCAAAUUUUGGUGAGCUAUCAGUGUUAAUUGUGUUCUACCACUGUACCAAGUUUGAAGAAGAUCACUCAAAAAAUGAGGGCGGGAGAGUCCUGUAAAAUCUCCCCUCGUGCUUUUUUUUUGGCCACUGCGCAUGCGCCAUUAACGAAUUACUUUUGAAUCUAACGAAUUUUCGUUAAUUUCGAAUUUUUUGGGGGGCAAAAUUCGGAAAUGACAUCAGAAACGAAACGCUGGCGCCCCCUACUUUUGAAACGAGUUUAGAAUCAAUUUUUUCAUGGAUCGCUCAAGCCUAGUGUCCACUAUACUGGAAAAUUCACCAGAAUCAAGAAGGUUCCAAUGAAAAUCCAGAAAGUUUCAAGGAGAUUGUAGGUGAUUCUGACACUGAUCUUUAGCCAUCACACAGUACCACAACAAUUCUACAGGCAUAAGCAUUAACUAGUACAACCUGUGCCUCAGACCUUCCCAGAAUGUUUACCAGACAGAGCUAGCUAGCAAAGGUUAACUGGAUAAAAUCUAGUGAUACAAGUUGGAUGGAAAUCUGGAUACACAAUAUGUAUAACACAAAUCCAGUUCCAUCAAACCUUUUCUGGAGUAUAUCUCUAAUUACCUGUUAGACUUUUAAGAAAGUCAGCUGUGCUUUAACGAAAGGCCUCAAUGCUGCCCCAUAUUGACUAUCUCUGUUUUGUCUCAUUAGCAUCUCACAGUGAAUGUUGUCCACUUGUUAAGAUGUGAUCACUUGCCAUUUUAGUGAGGAAGCAGGGGAAACGAUGUGCACAGAAUGGGUUUAGGGCUACUCAGAUGAAUUGAAAGGGUUAGUGUUUAAGCAUGUGUUUAGAUGCAUGACAUAUUUGAGGUUCAUCCUGAAAGUAGAUUAGUAUACUCUGAAAGUAGUGCUGUAGCACACAACUUGGAGUUUAGUUUUAAGAGAAUGCAGACAUCUGUUUCCUGUAACAUCACUGAAAACUAAGCAGGUGCAGAAAUCUUUUCCGGUGCAACAUCAAAGAAUUACUUAGUGUCCUGUAUUCACACGUAUAAGUCUAGAAAAUUUAGUUGAAAAAAACAACCCAAAACACUGGGUCAACUUAUCCAUAGAUCAAUGUGAGUACCGUACCUUAACUCUUAUUUUAAAAAGGAAUAAGAGGCAAAAAGGAAUAAAAGGCAAGAGCUUAGUCUGUCCCAGGAGAAUGUAAAAAGAAGCAACAAUCCCCUCUACUCUUUCCACCCGACCCAUGGAUCUUAUCAAAAUCCUUAAUUUUGCUCCCAGAAUCUGCCCUCGAUUUAUACAUGAGGGUGACUUAUAUCUGAGUAUAUACAAUAACCUACAGAUUGCUACAGAAAGUAAAAAUUCAUUACUCAUUUUUUAAAAAAAUAAAAGCAUUUGGUUUGUGGAACUUGUAAUGAGAAUGAAAAAGAAUUCACAAUUAAUGCUUUGAAAAGAGCUCUUUACUUACCAGACCUGGACCAAAGUAAAACUGUUGUCAUUAAGGGAGUAUUAUUGCAGAUAACUCAGGCAUGGGCAAACUUCAGCCCUCCAGGUGUUUUGGAAUUCAACUCCCACAAUUUAAGUUUAACUAAGUGGCUAAUACUUAGUUAAGUUUAACUAAAUAAUUGCCUGAUUCCUCCUACCCCAGACCUGAAGGAAAUGUAAAUAUUGUUGUAUGAACUGUCAAAUCAAUCAAUUUGGUUGAAAAUAAAAAGGUCUCCAGCUGCUGCCAAAAGCCAUAUGCAAGGUCAGGUUUUUGUACUGAAUGUAUUCCAUAAAUAUCUCGGUACUACUACUUCAAUUCUAACUGAAAGCUCAAUACAACAUUCUGGAAAUCAUGUUGCCUCCUAUACAAUAUAAUUUAUAGAAUUAACUGUUCAGCUUUCAAAUAUUACUAAAACAGUUUUCAAUGAAAUUUUAUAAACUAUGCCCAAGAGAACUGCGAGACUCUAUGAGCUCAACUGUAGAGAUCCCUUUGUGAAAACUCUAGGGCAGUGGUUUCCCAACCUUUGGCCCUCCGGGUAUUUUGAACUUCAACUCUCAGAAAUCCCAGCCCGCUUGCCAGCUGUUAGGAACUGUGGGAGCUGAAGUACAAAACAUCUGGAGGCCCAAAGGUUGGGGACCACUGCUCUAGGGCAAUGGUAGGAACCCCUUUCUGUCCAAGGGCCAAGCUUCAUUUCAGUAAUGUUAUUGGUGGGGAAAUGAUGUAUUCCAGUAGUGGGCAAAGCCAAAGAUAAAAAGGUGGAGCCAAAAAAAUCUACAUUGAGGAUAUUUUCCCUUGAAACUUUUACUGCCAUUAACUUGGGCAAGUCAUUUUAACUUUUUAUAAGAGGGGAAACACUACAGAAAAGUUAGAAAACCACUAAGCAAUUGGGAAGAUGACACUGCCCUUAGGAAUAGCCAAAAAUGUUGAAUUGGGAUUGUCUUCUUGGAGUGUAGAGAGAGCCAGCUGUGUUGACUCCACUUCUCUGGGAGACUGCUUUUUUGCUCUGUUACAGAUUUUUAUUUAAGAUGAAUUAUUUGUUUUAUUUAUUUACAAUAUUGGUAAGUUGUCAGAAUGAUGAUGAUGAUUUGCUAUAAUGCUGCAGCUUUUUAGGUACUCAAUUCCAUUGCAUUCAUACCUCUGGAAAAAUAACUUUAUUUUUAAAGCAACAACUAACCUAUUGUGUAUAACAGAUGGGUAGGUAGACAUGAGCCAAGAUAAAGGGGAGGGGAGUCAAGUUCAGGGGAGCAGCACAUUUGGAGAAGUCCUGCUGCUCUGCUAUGUGGGUUUUGUACAUUGCAAAUGAGUCAGAAAUGCUUAAAAUGCUUAAAAGUUAAACAAUACAUUCUUAGGCAUGGGUUCUAACAACUCUAUUAUCCCACACAGUUAAUAUAAGUAAUUUAGUAAAAUUGUGGUUUUUUGCAAUUAUACUUUCACUUUUUAAAAAAAAAUGUUUUUUUUCUACAAAUUUUACUGCUAUCCCCCUAAAUGUCAAUAGAUAUCCUUGGCCUGAAACCACUCUAAGGUUAACUAACCACUGUUCCUGCCAAAACUGCUCAAAGCAGGCCUGGGCCCCAGUGAAAAUAUUUAACCCUGCUACAUACACACACACACACACACACACACACACACACACACACAAGCUUGAUCAGUCAUGUUUUUCAAAUAUUAAUAUCAGCUGAAGACUAGCUGGUACAGGUGAGAAAGAUGCAUAUAGAGCCCAGUUCAAGAUUCGUGAAAACAAAGGGUCCCAAACAGAGCCGGUCCAAGGUAAUUUUCAAGUGUAGGCGAACAGAAAUUUUGGCGCCCCCCAAAAAACCAAUCACAGAAAAAUAAAAGUGUUCUACAAAGCCCCAAACACCUUCAUUCUCACUCCCCAAACCGCCGAAUGCCUUCCUGGCAAGGCUUGCAGUGUUUGAUUUUUCACCAUGUUUUCAAGCCCAGGCCCCGCCCACCGCCGGCACCAUCUUGCUUUGGGGAGCUUCUCCCCAAAGCGACAACCUCGGCUCCUUCCUGCCACAGGAGACAGAAGUUGCCUCAAUGGUGCCCCCAAUAACAUGGCGCCACAGGCAAAUGCCUAGUUUGCCUGGUGGUGGAACCGCCUCUGGUCCCAAAAAAGUUCCAGGCUUCCACAAAUCAUCUUGUGAGACUUACAACUUCAUCAGAUUGGGGCUUUUUCUGGUGACAUAUGCCUAGAUGAUUCACAGAGCCUGCCAGCUCCCAUCUGAUGAUGCAGAGGAACUUCUGGCAGAACUCUGUAGGUCAUCUAGAAUAUAACUGGUGUAUGCCACCACUGUGGCAUAAUGGGAGGCUUUAGGUGUUGCGCAGGAAGCAAUAGGGGGAAGCCGCAUAGUCGACGUUUUCCUCCGUGGAAUCAGCCUCCUGUCAAGCCAGGAGAUGUGGGGUAUGGGGUGACGGGUUCCCCCACGCCUCCCAAUGAUGGUUGUUGGAUUUGCCACAAUGUGUGGCAAUUCUGGCAGCCCAUGUAACAAGGUUGUCAAGGUGGAGCUUAUAUAGACCUGCCUUGUGUGUUAUCUCAGUCACCUGAACUAGGAGAGCCAAGAUACCAGUUGUACUCACAACUGAAGCAGUUGGUUCUGCUGCAAGCACAGUUAGCACCAAUUUGUACUGCUUUGACUUGAUCAAAGAUAUAGGAUUGAGGCUACUCUGUUCCAGAGACAAAAAUAUAUGCAACAUUUCCCCUCCAAGACUGCCAGGCCGCAUUAAUUUGUACAAACUUUUUUGCCAUUAGUCCUGGCUGUAAGGUGAACAGGAACUCCAUAGUACUGAACUUUUGAAGCAGUGGGAUCUUUCAUAUGCUGAUCUCCCAUUCAAUUCCAAGUAGUUAUAAAAGGAAGUAGUAAAAACAAGAAUGGAUUCAACACCUCUUCCCAAUUUGGGAUUCAAGGCAGCUUUGUUGUUGCAUACCUUCAAGUUAUUUCUGACUUACAAUGAUCUUAAGCUCAAACUAUCCCAGGGUUUUCUUGGGCUGAGAAUCUGUGACCUACCCAUUUGGUUUCCAUGGCUGAACAUGGAAUCCAGAGUCUAAAAAUUAAUACAAUAAUCAUAACAUUAAAACUAAUUAAAAACACAACUACUAAUACAGUACUACUACCAAAAGUCAAGCACAUUAUACAAGGCCUGUUUUCCCUAGCUUAGAAAGCACUGCAAGAGUACAAAACCCCAACUUCUCUUGUAUUUCCAUGUCAUAUGGUAUCCUAUGUGUUAAGAGCAAGGCUCUAGCUUAACCUAUUAAAUUUCCACUCAUCAAGAGUGGGGAUAACUAUCUUUGGCUGCCUAUCAUGUUACAUAUUACAGCUGGUGGAAUUUGGACCAAUGAAAGCAAAGCCUAGAAGAGGUACUGCUUAAAAUACCAAUUGCAAAGCCCAGCAAAUGGGAUGAUCAUCCCCUCACUAUGUUUACAUAACAUUACAAUGGCAUGCUUCAUGGUUUUAUUACUCUGAACAGUCAAAGAACCUAAACACUUCAGCCAAAGAAGGCAUUUGAAAUCACAUUCCCUAAUGGUUUCAUUUUGAUUUUUAUAAUAUAAUUCCAAUUUGGACAGCUGGCACAAUAGAAUCAGUUUUAGCACAAUGCUUGUGUUUGAGAUCUAAUUUCUGUAUAAACUAUGAGAUUUUGACAUCAGAGGGAUGGAGAGUAUGACUUGCUCUUGAGACACAAUGGAUAACCAUGCAGAAUUGUAACAAACCUAGGCAUGACAAUUCACCAUCAUGUCUUAUCUGUUUAUUCAUGAAGCUUAUUAGUAGCUUGAGUAUACCAUUGAUUUCAACUGUCUGGAAAAAAAUGAUAUUAAAAAUAAUUUUAAGGGACAGCUCUGUUGUAUAUAAAUACUUCUCCUGUGCAAAGUUAACUCAGAAUGCUUUGCUAGAACUGCAGUAAUAACUGCUUCUUUGGAUUCAGCAGCCACUCUGUUAUAGUUUAUUAAGGUGAAAGUGAAGGGUAGAAGGGCAAAUUGGCUGGCACUUGACUUAUCCCUGACUGCAAACAGUGCCUCAAAAUUGCCUUUCCAGAUGGACAAUAGCCACAGAAAAGGACCUUGAUGUAAUGUGUCAGCUAAAGGACUUCUUAUAACUGCACAGAACUGCCCUUAAACCACUCUGUCCAAAUUGGAUGUUCCGAUGUAGGACUUCGAGCCAAGAGCUUCUAAAUUCGCCAGUCAUAGCACUGACAAUUGAUUUAUAUGGUCCAUUUUCAAAGUGGUUACGGGGUGCAAAAGUAUGAUAUUGACAUUAUUUGUAAAAGCUUCUGGAGCAAAACGGAGAUGGGCCAGGGAAGCGGGAAGGCCUCACUGUUUGGAAAGAAUGUAUUAAAACUAUCAAGCGGUAUGGUGGCUCAAGUUCUGAAUGGAUCAAUAUGUAGAUAAUAAAAGAAAAAAGAAAAUA